AUGAACCCAGGGCUUCUGGUGAAGUCCUGGUGGGGAGGGGCACAGGGCGAAGUGGGGUGAAAUGGAAUGUUUUGAGGUGGCUCCGAUGGGGGAGCAUCCAGACUAGGCGAGGGGAUGGCGAGGCCUCAAGCACACGGCCGGCGCCCAGUCGCCCCCAGACAGAGGUGGAUGGGACAGGCAGGCGCUGGGGCGGCAUGGCCAAAGAGGCCCACACACUCACUGCACACUUGCACGGAGAGACUCAAAGCUGUCUCCAGAACUCCAAACCAGUGCAAACGACUUAGUGCAAAUUAAUUCAAAAGGGAUGGGUGGGGAAACAGAGUCAUGGAUGCUUUGAAUCUCUCAAGCAAAGAAAAAAGAGGAAAAAGAAGAAGAGAGAGAAAAGGAUGAAGAAGACAGGAGGAAGACGGGUGA